GAUGCAUGUGAGUCUUUUAUCCAGAAUGAAACAGCAGAAUUUGAUCAUGGUGAUUGGGUAGAAAAGUUUAAUAUACAAAACUGGUUCUUUAAGGAAAUGCCUAUCUUCAUUAUUGAUGUUAAUCCAACUAAACCACUAACUUAUCAACAUCCAAUAUAUGAAGAAUAUAUUAUUAAUAAUUUUCUGGGAUUUCUUCAUUCUAACCCACCUCCAUUCCAUCAAUUUAGCAAAGAAAUUCAUAAUCAGAAAAUGCAAAAAUCAAUGUUCCUUUAUUCUGGCCCAGGAACAGGUAAAACAAUGAUUACAUGGUUCCUUCGGGAAAUGGUCCUUGGCCCCAAAAUUACUGUAAAAACCGCUAAUGAGAGAAUUAUUACUGGGCAGUUUAACAAAGAAUUGGAGGGUAAAGUUUUACUCAUUCUUGAGGAAAUGUCUAACUCAAAAUCCACUGAUUGGAUUACUUUUGCAAAUCGGCUCAAAGACUUUAUUGAUAGUGAUUCUUUGAGGAUAGAGGAAAAGCAUAAGACUCCAUAUUCAGUUACUAAUAUUACAAAUUUAAUUAUUAACAGUAAUAAUAGUAAAACAAUUCGCCUAGAUAAAAAUGACCGAAGAUAUUUCAUUCCAGAUAUCUCUGAAAAGUAUGUUGAAAAUGGAAUUGGAAUGGAUCAUUAUUAUGUCCCACUGGAUAAAGCUAUAAAAAAUCCAGAAGUUGGAAAAGCAUUUUAUUCUUAUGCUCUAGAAUAUGUUAGACUUAAUCUGGACUUUGAUGAGUGCAAAAUUCCAAUGAGUAAAACUAAGCUAAUGAUGACAAGCAGGGAUAUUAACCCAAUCCAUGAGUUUAUAAAGCAGGAAUAUUUAUGUAAGUCUUUAGAUCUUGAUUUAGCUUCUACAUACCUUUAUAAUACAUAUAAAAACUGGUUUUGGGAAAUGUUUGGCAUCAAAAAAAGACUGCCUAUUGUACAGGAAUUUACUUGUGCAAUUGGAGAGUUGGGGAUAAAACCUAAGGCAAAAAGAAUAGGAGAUCGAUCUAAAAAUAAAAGACUUCAAUGGUAUUCAGCUUCAUAUAAUGAUCUUUAUACCAUAUUCCAGAAAAAGAAUAUGAUUGAUGAAGUUGAAAAUAUUAAUGAACCAGAGGGAUACCAACAUACAGAGAUCUAUGAAUCAUCUGGUUCGGAAUUUGAUGAAGAAGAAGUAUAUGAAUCAUCUGGUUCGGAAUUUGAUGAACCAAUUCUUAAAAAUAAAAGACCAGAAGCGUCUUUAGAAUCGCCAGCUGAAUGUAGUAAAUCUUCUGCACCAUUGUUUAAAAAGGAGCCACCAAAAGUUCCACCAAAACCUGAACAUCUAAAAAUUACAAAAAAAAAUGAAUCCCAAAAACUAGAAAAACUGAUUGAAGAAUUUUCUAUUGAUGAAUGCUUGGACCUUUUAUGUGCUGAAUAUGAUGAAAAUUGCCAGGAUAAUAGGAAUACAGAACCAGAAACCAUUAAUGAAAAAGAAUGUGCAUUAGCUGAGGAGGAAGAAGAAUUCUUGGAAAAUGAAUAUAUUGAUUAUAAGGAACUAGAUAAAUUCCAUAAUAAUUAA